AUGGACGGAGAUAAACCACCUUUUGCUAAAGAAAUUGAGGAUAAAGUGGGUGAAAUUAAGCAAAAUCUUAAGCAUGUCGAAACCGAAGAAAAAAUUAAGUUACCAACUCAAGCAGGAUCAACGUUUAAUGUUUCAACGUGUUCCUUUAAUGUAUUUGACAGGCAAAAUCAUGUUUUUACGAGAGAUAUAUAUAACAUUAAAGCUCCAAGCGCAUUAACUGAGCGUAAAGGUUUAUGA